GGCCCAGAUCAAGCAUGAGGUAAGAUGGGCAACUACACGCGGCCCGGCGAGCGGCCGCCUCUCAAGGAUCGCUCAAACAACGUAAUCCCGCCCAACAUGCCCGCCGGCCACGGCUCGGAAAAUGUUGACCCCUCGCGGAGUCGCUAUCGCCGCGUCAAGGCGCCCCCGAGCACCACUGCUGCUCCUCCUCCAAACCCGCGCUUGUCAGCUAUCUCCAAGGACUCUCGCUCCACGGCAGACUCGAAGCGUGCAUCGCAGGUCUCGGCGGCGUCGAACCCUUCGACCACCUCGAGCGGCUUCCGCAAGCCCAAAACCCAUGUCGGGCCCUGGCAGCUGGGAAAGACGCUCGGCAAAGGCUCUUCGGCUCGCGUGAGGCUUGCUCGCCACCAUGUCACCCAGCAGUACGUUGCUGUCAAGAUUGUCGCCAAGAGCGUAUGCCAGAUCACCCAGGCUGGUAGCCUGGCCAAGCUGGACGAGAUCGAAAGCGCCAUGCCCGAAGACGUAAAUGGCAUGCGUCGGAUGCCUCUAUCUAUCGAGCGCGAGGUGGCCAUCCUAAAGCUCAUCGACCACCCCAAUAUCGUCAAGAUAUACGACAUUUGGGAAAACAGGGAUGAAAUCUAUCUGAUCCUGGAGUAUGUCGAGAAAGGCGACCUAUUCGCUUACAUAGCGCGAAACGGGCCGCUGUCGGAAGAACAGGCCAUGUUCAUCUUCCGACAGAUCAUGAGCGCCGUCCAGUAUUGUCACUCGUUCGGCAUCUGCCAUCGGGACCUCAAGCCCGAGAACAUCUUGCUCAAAGAGGACGGGACCGUCAAGAUUGCCGACUUUGGCAUGGCUGCUCUUCAUCAAGGGCCCGGAGUGCCUCUGGUGACGUCUUGCGGAAGCCCUCACUACGCCGCUCCUGAGCUGUUGUCCGCGAAGGCCUACCGCGGCGAGAAGUCGGACAUCUGGAGCAUGGGAGUCAUCUUGUUUGUCAUGAUGGCCGCACGACUUCCCUUUGACGAUGACGAUGUCCGCGUCAUGCUUUCCAAAGCGAAGAAGGGGAUCUACGAGAUGCCACGGUGGUUCAGUCCCGGGGCGAAGGACCUCAUUCACUGCAUACUUCAAGUCAACCCCUCGAGACGCAUUUCCAUGGCGGAUAUGUGGGAACACCCCUUCACCUGGAAGUUUGGCUAUCUCGACGAGCUCAGCAACUGCGAGGGUGGUCCAGACCCUAGGCUGAGCCAGAACACCAAGCCUUUGGACCUCUGCAACAUCGACCCGCAGAUCCUCCGGCCGCUCCAAUCUGUGUGGCACACAUUUUCCGAGGACGAGCUGAUAAGCACGCUGAUCAGCGAAGGCAACAACGACCAGAAGCUAUUCUAUUGGCUUCUGCAUAACUACAGGGAGAGAUAUCUCGAGGACUACAAGCCCAGCUUGACGCACUCGGAGAGCGACUACCACCAUCUCCGCCCUCCACAGUAUUCCACACGGGUUUCGACGCGUCAGUUCCUCACUAACAAGGCCAACGGGACUGGUCGGAGCAUUUCCAAGUUCACCGUCAUCUCCAACGUGCCUGAGAAGGAUGCGACUGGGCCGGAACUUGGCACAGUCCGAAGCUACGAUCCAUACAGGGCUUCGAUCAAGUCGCACCCAAAGGCGACCCAUGCCAAGAUUGUCAUACAUCGUGACGCCACAGGGUCUGUCCAGAGAUCCGUGUCGCUCGGCUCGACAGCCAUGCGGAGGGCCCGUGGUGCGAGCUCCAGCGGGAGCUACUUGCGUCCUCGCAAAUCCGAGCUAGGAAACCGACGCCUGACGGCCGGCACCACCGUGAGCUCUGCCCCCAGCAGCAGGCAUAUGCAGCCGCGCACACGUGCGGCCCCACGCUACAAGAGAGCUAUGGACUUCUCGGGCGUCCGAAACAGCCGUCGGCGGAGCGCGCUGUCGCGUGACAUCAAGGCACCAGCCAGUAUUGCUGGGGAUGAAUCUACCUAUGACCGUGAUGUCACCUCGCCAUCGAGCCACUGCAGGCCUUCUCGACAGAGCUGUGCGACGAGCGCCUCGGUGAAGAUUGAGAUCAGCCCGGCUAAUGAGCGGGGCGGAACCAUGGUCCUGACAGAGGAGCUCAGGCACUUUAGCAGCAGCAUCGCCAAGGACUGUGACGAGGCCUUUAACAGCUCUCUGCUUUCGGAAACACCUCUCGAUGGGAGGUCAAGAGAGGGCUCCCCCUUCUCUCUGAGCCUUGGCCCGCCUACAAGCCCGAGCCCGGCAACGCCUUUAGCUACCCCUACAGCCCCUCGUUCAUCUCUGCAUCCUUGGGAUUCUCGACCACUACCUCCUACACCUCCUUCAUCUGGCCACAAGAAUGCUCCCGCUGCGGCCUUCCAUGACAGGUUCGCGCCAGCAGGAGGUCAUCAGCGAGCGGGACAGCCCCGGUUCUCCUCGUCUCAUAGGUCGGGCAUCACGCCAAGCCCCGCGGAGCGACGUGUUGUCUCUGCGCCCGUCCAUGGGCCUUAUGGUGGAAGAGAGAUGGGCCAUCUGCCUGCAAUCAACGAGAAUGACGACCCAAACAAGUCCCGCAUUGUCUCUGCGCCCGCCAGGUCCCCCGCCCGUGUCUCCUCGCGGGAUCACGAAAACAGGGCGCUGAGCUAUCUCUCAAGGGCCGAGCAGACCAUUCGUGUCGUCCAUUCUCCAUCUUCCAAGCUAGCUGCUCCGGCGGUGGAAGCCGCCGCAGCAGUGCCGCAGCCACUCAAAAUUCGCAAGAAGUCCUCCGUCACUAGCCCGCAGGAGAGGCCUCUCCCGGACCCUGUCCCCUCGGCCGCCGAGACGCGGCGACAAGUGUCGGCUGCGACUUCGGCCCAGACUCGGCCCGAGUUGACCAAGACUGCAUCCCAAGGUAGCGCGUCCACCUUUGCGAUGAGGAAGAAGACGUCAACCUGGUUCAAGAGGCUGUCAAGGGAUUCGAAAGAAUCCAAUGAGGCCGAGGCCGACAGCGUGGCGGCUGCCAGGAGUGACAGCAUCCCACAGCGCAUGGAUUCCUGCGCGACACAGUCGAAUCAGACAGACUCGGCGUCGACACGAGCCAUGCCGCCUCCACCGCCGCAGGAUACUGCGUCCAAGAAGAGAAGCUUUUUGUUUCAAUUCUGGAAGAGCAGAAGUCAGCCGCGGAUGUCGCUUGUUGGCCCCGGAUACGAGGAUGCUGUUAGCUCUGAGCGACUGCCAUCGGGCCGUCAGUCGCGCAUGUCGAGCCGCUUGGAUGUGCUCGACCUUGACGAACAGGAGCAAGGCGGGCGCAAGAUCAAACCGCAGCAGAACUGGCUUGCACGCCUCUUCAAGGUCAAGCCAGCGACGCGGACGAUCUGCCUAACGAUGCCCCGGCGGCGCGCGCGUCAAGAUAUCGCCAUCAUGCUGCGGGACUGGCGCAGGUUUGGCAUGCGGGACGUCGAGGUCGACAAGGAGCGCAACAUUGUCUUUGCCCGGGUCGGCGCCAAGAACCACCUGCAGCUCAAGGAGGUGUCCUUCGCUUGCGAGUUCAUCACGGUGAUCGAGCACGGCAAGCGAAAUCACCUGAGCAUCGUCCGUUUCACCCAAGAAGAGGGAGCCGCCAGCAGCUUCCAGAAGGUGGUGGAUACGAUCCUCUCCGUCUUCACCAGCCGUGGCCUUCUCGUGACGGACAAGAGGAAGGCCAAGAUGAUGAUCAAGACGCUGAACUCGUGACCUCCCUGUGACUAUGCUGUCUAUGCUAUCCUUUUCCCCCAAGAUUGCGCUCUUCGAUUCACCUUCCCAUCCUGUCUCUUCCACGUUUGAAUGGCUUACGUUUCUCCUUAUUUCUCUGUUUCACUUGCUUCUUCUUCUGUCAAACUACCUAUACUUGAUCGCUGUUUUGGAGGGCUGCACUACGGCUACGCCGGGCCUACACGAUUGCCAUUUGGCGCCAGCCGUGCAUCGAGCGACCGCACACGGCUCAGUUAUUCUGCUGCUCGCCGGCCACGUCUUGGUGCUGGCCUAUUGGGCAACCAGCCGUGGAAUUUUGUGCCCACCGGCAGCAUGAUAUCGGACACACGACAAGGGAAGGG